UUUUCUAUGCCACCACCACUUGAAGAAGACUUUGUCGAUGAAACCCAUAUUCACGCAUUCAAAGAAGCGCUCGAAUACGAUGGAGAGGACCAUAUUAAUAGCCCCAUUUUGCUGGACCCUGAAGCAGGGCGCGUUCGCAAAAUCUCCGCACUCUCCGACUUUGCCCCAGUGAAUCUCAGAGUCAAGAGAAGGAAACGAAAGGAGCACAGAAAGGCGGCGAAACACGAUUGGUCGUUUAUAAUCUUUCGAUGGCCAUUGCUCGGCUUUAUCUUUCUCUUCAUUGCCGCAGAAUUCGGUCUGUAUGUGUUUUUGCGACAACUUGUCAAUGUCAAGGAGUGGGUAUCAGCUUGGCGAGGUCGAAAAGGUCUUUUGCGCAAAAAAUUACGUGGGGCAGCAACAUACGAGGAGUGGAAAGAAGCCGCUGGCGUCAUGGAUGAGUACUUGCAAUUUGAUGAAUGGAAGAAGGACGACGAAGAUGCUUUCUACGACUACAAACUACUCCGUCGUGUGCAUAAAUCGCUCAAAACUCUUCGGGAGAAGAAUGAUGUUCGAGGAUGUCUUGGGGUUUUGGCCACAUGUUUGCGGUCUAAUUUUGCUGCCGUUGAAUCUCCGAGGCUUUACAGCGAGACAUUUUUCGGAACAAAGGAUCUUAUCGAAGCGUAUUUUGACGAGCAAGAACGCGCCAUCGAACUCAUUCGCAACUCCUCAGAGCUCACGCUAGACGAGAAAAGAAGGUUUUUCAAGGCUGCAAAUACAAACUUGGGCAUUAGUGCUCUUUGUUUGUCGGGCGGAGCGUCAUUCGGAUAUUACCAUACCGGGGUCGUUAAAGCGUUUCUAGACAACGGACUGCUUCCUCGGGUCAUAACAGGAACCAGUGCUGGUGGCCUGAUCGCCGCCUUGUGCUGUACUCGAACAGAUGCUGAGCUCAAAGAAUUACUGGUUCCCCAGCUUGCUGAUAAGAUAACGGCCUGUGAAGAGAGCUUUAGUGUUUGGGGGAGACGGUUGUGGAAGACUGGCGCCAGAUUUGAUCCUCUUCUUUGGGCAAGGAAGUGCGCUUUCUUUACUAGAGGCUCCUUGACUUUCAAAGAGGCAUAUAUGCGAACGGGGAGAAUUCUCAAUAUCUCGGUUAUCCCAGCCGACCGUCACUCCCCAACUCGUUUGCUCAACUAUUUGACUUCGCCCGACACGUUAAUUUGGAGCGCGCUUUUGGCCUCGGCUGCGGUACCAGGCAUUUUACCGUCCCUUUGUCUGAUGCAGAAGCUGCGAGAUGGCAGCGCAGUCCCUUAUAACUGGGGCAGUAGGUUCAAAGAUGGAUCACUUCGAGUGGAUAUUCCCCUACAGGCUCUGCACACAUACUUCAAUGUCACAUUUCCUGUGGUUUCCCAAGUCAACCCACAUGUUCAUCUAUUUUUCUUUGCCCCGAGAGGAUCUCCAGGAAGGCCGGUUGCUCAUCGGAAAGGCAAAGGAUGGCGAGGGAAUUUCAUUCUUAGCGCAGCAGAGCAGUGGUUAAAGCACGAGUUAACCAAGAAUUUCAAAGUGAUCCGUGAUCUUGAGCUGCUACCUCAACUUUUGGGUCAAGAUUGGUCUUCGGUCUUUCUUCAACGAUUCGAUGGGCACGUUACUAUCUGGCCACGAACAAGACUAUAUGACUGGCUCAGAAUAUUGAGCGAUCCAUCCCAGCAUGAAUUGGAGAGAAUGAUGCGAGUUGGUCAGCUGGCAACAUGGCCCAAGUUGCACAUGAUCGCAAACCGGGCGCGGAUCGAAAAACAAAUAUACCUUGGGCGACAACAUAUACGCCAAAUUGCCAAAUCCAAACCAACCGACCUAACUCCCGAGCUCACUUCCCCACCACCGAGCGGGUCAGACCACCCAUUAUCAGUUGACACUGAUGCAGAAAGCGCGUUCACCCACAAGUCGCGUACCUUCUACCGAAACAAACGUUCGGGCACCUCGGCUCCCAGAGAGCAUAGUCGCCACCCAGACCUAUUGCGGAAUCGGAAACGAUGGGCAUCGAGUGAAAAGUACGAGCCGGCAAGUCCAUCCGGUUUUCUUGCCCGUUUACGCGCGCGGUCGUUUUCGUCGUUCAAGGGGAGCGCGUUGAAGGAAGUUAAUGUAGCGCCAGAAGAUGGCUGGAGUAGCGAUACCGAUAGCUCAGAGGAGGAGCUGAUCGAAACCACGAUGUCCUCCGAAGAUAUGCUAAGAGCAGUAGAGCGGCGACUACAACAACAACAACAACAAGCCUCCCCACCAGAUAUAGUGCAAUUUACCGGCCAAGACUAUGAACUCAAAAUGAAACUGCGCCGAAUGAUAGACCCAGGCAUCCUCCGCAAUCCUGAUGCCCAAGCGGUUACGUCGAUGAAACUUUUGCUCAGGCUAUGCGAUAACAUCAUUGCUGAGCCCGAGAACAAGAAGUGGCAUUCGUUCAAGCCGACGAAUUCAAUUAUAAAGCGCGAUCUAAUGGACCCCAAGGGGACAGUCGAGUAUGCUCGAGAGCUAGGGUUCUCUCCACACGUCGAAGACUACCAGCCGGUCUACGUGUUCAAUCCCAAGAAGCUGCACCAACUGAAAAUAGGCGCCGAGCUGCUGCGGGAGACGUUGGCGCUCAAGACGGAGAAACAAGAGCGUGAGUUACAGGCGAGGAAGAACGAGAAGGCUGUUGCUUCUGCAGCAGCAGAGAAGGUUCGGUUGGCUUUCGAAGACGAUCGGAAGCGGAAACAACUGAACGAUACGCUUGAGCGUGAACGGCGAGCAGCCCGUUUAGAGGCGGCAGCCCAGCGGGCAGAGCAACAAGCGCUAGAGCGUGAAGAGGAGGAGCAACAAGAUCAGGACGAUGAUGAUGGUGAUGAUGACAGAGACGAGGAUGAUGAAGAGCAACAGCUUAUGCCUGGAGGCGGUAAUGUGUUGGGCGAAAAGCCUCGCGCAUCAAUUCCGUCCAACAAAAAAACGGAUUAG